AUGUGUUGGUCUUCACGAGACGAAAUCAGUUCGUCUCUCUCACCUAACAACAAGAGCGAAUGGAAGGUCACCUUCAAUGGGGAAGAAGACGCCCGAGACCAAGUGUCAAACGGAAGGAGAGUACUAGCUCGGACUCUCUCGAUACCGAAAACGAUGUGCAUCUUGUCCGACAAAAAGACAGAGAUAUCGACCGUCACCGAGGUUACAUCUCCGAAGAUGAAGCUCCCACAGCUCGGAAGCGAUACUAUGGAGAGGGUGUUUCCAAUUCGGUCUGUCGUUUCCUUCGAUCCCACUUCUUCUCCGGCUCUCCAAACACCAUCCCUGGAUAAAGUAGAGAGCCCGUUUCCUCAGUUUCCGUUUGGAGAUACAUUUCCAACCAAUGAAUCGGUCGAUAGUCCAUCUGAAGGAUUUCAAAAAAUAUCCACGAGAGAUAAAAGUGAUGGAGACUUAGCGCCGAGAAGACCGAAUUACCUUGCUCGGAUGCACAACCAACUAAGCCUUUCCAGUAUUUCACCAUCUUUGUCAAAGCUACAGGCCGAGAAUGGAGACUCAUGUUCUUGCGAUCAGUCAACUCCAAGCCUUUCCACCCAAUUAGAAAGCAUAAUUCGCGAGGGUGGUGAGGUUUUGACUAGGAACGAGUUGAAGCCAGGACUCGAAUACCUUGAGGACGAAGUCGAAGUGGCAGUUCAAUCAUUUGGGGCGCUGCUGGUUCUUUCGGAGUUGGAUGGCAACAUGAUUGUUCAAGCGGCUAGCACGAACUCGAAGGAAAUUGUGGGCUAUUUCCCAGAUGAACUAUUUGGAUAUGAAUCCAUCCACACAAUAAUUCCUGAUUUACAACACAAAGUUUUCUUUUCACACACCGAAUACGUUCUGAGUGAUGAUUACGAUAUGGAAAAAUGUGGCCCAGAGGUGUUUUCACUGUGGAUCCCAGUUGAUGGAGGUGUUCCCAAACAUCUUUGGUGUACCAUGCAUACUAGCAAAUUAUCCCCUAACUACAUCAUUUGUGAGCUAGAGCCAGACGUUGCGGAUAUUCAAGACCAAAGGGAUGUUACUGGUUCUGAGGAAGUACCUACUACUCUGCGAGCUGGAUUCAAUGCUGCUCAAUCCGAACCUCAUCCUUCAGAGCAACGUGAAUGUAGGGAACCCGAUCUACUUAAUGCACUCACGCGUGUUAUCCAGCAGACAUCCAGUGCUCAAACACUCGAAGCACUUGUUAAGCAAGCCAUGGCCAGUGUGAAACAGUUAAUACGCUUCAAUCGAAUGACUAUGUAUCACUUUGAUAGCGACCGAAAUGGCAUCGUUGUGGCAGAUUCAUUCGAUUCAUCAUUGGGCGUGAGCUCCUUCGAAGGGUUGGAGUUCUCAGACUCAGUCUUCUCGGCUGAUUUGAAAAAACAGUAUCUCCGCAAUAAAGUAUCUUUCGCCUAUCGAAAAAGCAAAGGCUGUGCAGGACUAGCCUAUCGGGCGUCGGUAGUCAAGACUACGUUGGAUCUAUCUCAUUGCUAUCUUUUAACAGCUCCUGGUUUGCAGGCUCAGACGCAUACUCCAGUGCAGGCUUGUGUAUCGAUUGGAAUGCAAGGUUUUGGAAAAGUGUGGGGGCUAAUAUCCUGUCAGUCGUACGGCAAGAGCACUAGACUUCACCCGCUUGUUCAAAGGGUAUGUUGGUUAUUGAGUGAAACGUUCUCCAGCAAUAUUGAGCGUCUUUCAUAUACGUUACCCUUUCAGACCAAACAGCCAAAUGUGCACAUUGGUGGAACGGACAACAAGCAACGCAUUCAAAUACCAGCAGGUGAUCUUCUUGACAUCUUUGGCGCCGAUUAUGCUGCAGCAUCUAUACUGGGAGAGACUAAGGUUUUGGGAAAACCCUCUGAUUCUCAGGAAACCUUGGCUUUACUGGAAUAUUUUCGAGCUAAGGAACUGGACACUGUCCUCUGGUCAAUCGACAUACUGUCUGACUUUGAGGAUCUUGACUAUUCACCCGGGUUCCGCCAUCUCUCCAGCCUGAUCUAUAUCCCACUCUCUGCCGAUGGACGGGAUUUCAUCAUUCUCUUCCGUGAGGAGACGAAGAGUGGCAAGGGUCAGGCAGAGUGGUCUGCAGGCGAGCUUGGAAAAGCAUCGAUUCUAUCUUUACUAUACCGAACCUUCACCGACAUCUGGCAGGAGAAGGAGGCCUCGAUGCAAGAUAAUCAACUCACGAGGCUCCUCCUCGCCAACUCGGCCCAUGAGUUCCGCACACCUCUUAACGCCAUAAUAAAUUAUCUUGAAAUUGCCCUGGACGGAAAUAUAAACCAGGAAACUCGAGACAAUAUCUCCAGAUCACACUCGGCAUCAAAGUCACUAGUAUACAUAAUCAACGACUUACUGGACCUCACGAACGCAGAGAAUGGUCAGAACCUGAUCAAAGAUGAGAUCUUCAGCUUAUCCGAGACUCUAUGCGAGGCGACCAAUAUCUUCUGGGAAGAAGCACGACAGAAGCACGUCGACCUUCAAGUAGUGCAACAUGCAGCAUUACCUGCCGUCCUCGGUGAUCAGCGACGAGUGCGACAAGUUAUCACAAACCUAAUCAGCAAUGCUGUCCAAUACACCUCGACCGGCGCGGUGACUAUCGAGUCCUGCAUCCUGACUGAGUCAUGGGACGACGACCACAUCGCCAUCCAAGUGGCAAUCCACGACACAGGCUCCGGCAUGUCCCAAGCAGCUGUAGAAACAUUAUUCUGCGAACUGGAGCAAGUCUCCAACAAGGAAUACCCUCGGAGUCCUAAAGCCUACGCCAAAAACACGAGAAUGUCUAGUUCCGAAUCAGAAAGUGUCUUAGGCCUGGGCCUUGCACUCGUCGCCAGAAUAGUCCGCAACAUGAACGGCCAGCUAAGCCUCAAAUCCGAAGAAGGAAAAGGAAGCUGUUUCAAGAUUCGCCUAAAAUUCUCAUUACCGUCCGAGGAUAACGAGUCAUCUUAUCCCGCCACCCAAUCUACUAAGAACUCAAAUCAUCAAUCCGCCACUCAAUAUACCACAAAGGCAGAUCCCCAAUCCAACAGACAGGGAUGUGACAAGCUACAAAGCAACGAAGUCUCGCGUGACAAAAGACAAGUAAGCGUGGAGCGGGAAAAAGAAAAAGAUACAGAGAAUCAGCCACAACAGGAAUGCGGGGUUGUUCCCUGUCAUUGUGGUUCAACCUUUAUGUCAGAUUCAGCCAUCGGCAAAGAGGACAACCCACUCGUAGAUGCUGAUAUCUCAGUCAAUGGAGAAUCCCGAGAUCUGACCAUUCUUGCUUCUGGCGCAAAGGUUGAGGACGUACCUUUGCGCUCUGGUUCUGGCCAAGCGCCGCCCUUCGUCAUGGAUUCUUCCACUUCCCCGACCGGACCGGGUAAGACAGAAAGAGACAUUAAUUCCAUGGCUGGAAAUACAUUACGGAUCCUUAUUGCUGAGGAUGAUCCGAUCAAUAGCUUGAUCGUUAAGAAACGACUUGAGAAGCUCGGAUACUCGAUUUGUAUGACGGGUAAUGGCAAGGAAUGUGCAUCUGUACAUCGGCAAAGUCCGAUAUCUUUUGAUGUGAUUCUUAUGGAUCUUCAGAUUGCUUUGAGAUACGAUAAGCUAAUGCUUUAUUUGAUUAUAUGUCUCCAGAUGCCUAUCGUAGACGGGUUAAGUGCUACAAAGAUGAUCCGUGAAUACGAGCAGCAAAGUACGAGUCAUAGGACGCCUGUUUUUGCCGUUUCGGCUUCUUUGAUCGAAAAAGAUCGUCAGAUUUAUUUGGAUGCUGGGUUUGAUGGGUGGAUUAUGAAGCCGAUUAAUUUUCAACGGGUGCAUUUACUUCUUAAUGGUGUUUUUUCUGCUGAAUGGCGAGAUGAUGCGCUCUAUCAGCCUGGAAUGUGGGAACAGGGGGGUUGGUUUGGACGAUAA